AUGUGCUCACCAGGCUCUAUGGACUUGGAGACGCAUAUUGCCUCGAAUAUCCCCUGGCCCGCUCUUUCAUCCAAAUUGCGAACUUUAUUGAGUGAUGAUCCAAAAGAGUAUGACAAUAAAAUUUUGGCUUACAGUUUACAAAACCAACUUCGCUACAGAGGAAAUAUUGUCCAACAGGCAAGAUAUUCAGGGCGCGAAAAAUAUUACUAUGAAAAGCUAGUUGCUUACAGCCGGCAAGAAUAUCUGCUCUACCCCUACCAUCUUCAAGACAAAAUUGUCCCAGGCCUACGCAUUACUCCAUUCACCUACUAUCGUGAUAUGUUAAUUCAACUGGUUCGAGCUGAGCGUUCCUACGACAGUUUGCCAAACUUUACCGCCGCCGAUUGUCUCCGUCUCUUGGGUAUCGGGCGAAACCAGUACAUUGAUAUUGUCAAUACGUACAAGAGCUUCUUGACCACAGCCGGACCUGAUGAAGAUAACAAUUUGUAUGAAAUUCUAUACGAUAUUUUACCGUGUGAACCCGUGGCCCACAUUCAUUUCGAACCGUGGUAUAUUGUACACGUGGGUGCGGUCCUUAUGGAGGAUAUGGAACAGUCUACAGAAGCGGAAAAAGACCUGAUUGACCGCAUCAUCGAUUCGGCACGUCUUCUCAACGCUAAUGGUGCCUCUGGUUUGCCAGUUGCUGAUAUGGAUGAUUCUGUGUUGCAGCAGUUACAUCGUCGUGGCCUGGUUUACAUUGAUGUUCCAAUUCAGGAAGACGAUUGUAUCGGCGUCCCCACAUUGGAAGGAUUUGUCAUGAACCGCGUGAACGGCGACAGCCGGGAGAAUUUACUGUACAAGAUAUUUGUCAGUGCAGAUGAGAAGAUCACAAUCAAAGAGUUGGCAGAGUGCUUACAAAUAGAUGUGAAUUUGGUGGCUCAGGCUGCGUCGGUGUUUUGCAGGCUUGGUUUCGCCUACAAACGGACAGCAGUGGGGAACUUGAAUGUUUCGACACUGACAUCAGAUGAGGACAAGUCAUCGUUCCCAUCUCCAGCUCUUACUUCACACCCGAAUCCAUCACCAAACUACGAAUCAAACAUGUACACUGCCUCGCCUGAUGGCGCGCGACCUCCCAAGAAGAAACUUGCACUCAUAUUUGACUCCACAGUGACUGCUUACCUGAUGAUGGGCAACUUAUCGACGGGACUCAAACCACACGCAGUCACCAUGUAUGAAGUAGGGAAGUUGUCGGACGACGCACUGGAGUCGUUUCUUGUAGAGUUAGAUAACCUCUCUUCAAUUGAUGAGGGCGAGGCCAAACUGUAUUAUGAGCACGCCGUUAAUUUACGCGAAGCCAUUCACUUCUUACGUGCACAAUCUAAGCUGGAUUCAACGGACUUUUACGGUGUAGAUUUGAUCCGUGUUGGUUCUCUCUUGAGUUUAUGUCCGGCUACACGAAUACGGAUUCUGGAAAAGCACUACAACCUCAUUGUUAGUUUGAGCCCUUUGACGUAUGAGGAUCGACAAGCAUCAAACGCCUCUUGGCCGGUUCAUAUUGGCCCACCAGUACCAGAAGCCAAUUCACCGUGGUUUCGCCUGUUUGCAUCCUACUUGGCCGGGCAUACGCAGGAAACUGCGGGGAACCCGCGUCCUUCGGAAGAUGUAUUGCCCGUACUACUGUUACCCCGUGGGUCUCGGCUAAAUCGAUUACCCGAGUGUUUCAGUCCGAUAUCAAGAUUUAUGCUCAUUGCGUGGGGUCAUGACCCAAUUUUGGUGAAUGCAAAUAUUCUGCUGAACUCAGUGAACGAUAUGCUUUUAUCGUCUACAGUGCUUGUCCAGGCAUGCGAUAUAUACACGGAAGACUUGAAACUUUAUCAACGUUUCAUUCCACUUCCCCUAUCCAAACAUAUCAUAUACUCACAAAACGAUUCUUCCCCUGUACCUGCUUUUGUUCGUCGGCUAUCCAAGCACUUGGACUUAUGUUCACUCACAGGCUACAUAACUGUGCUCGCCCCAUCUUCAUGUGAACCAGGUCAAGCACAAGAAACCGAUGACUCCUUUGACUCGUUUUCCGAUCCCACAAUUCCACCUAGCAUGCUUCAAAACGACCAAGAACCGGCACAUUCUCAUCCCUAUUGUGUCCUAUCCGAGUCUGAACUGAUCGAGCUUGUAAAAAAUGCGUUACCUGUCUACUUUAUCACAUUAAACUUGGGUUUACCUAUUUUCAGUGGCUCCCUUCUACGUGCGGUUUGUGCACAAAUGACUGAAUCGUCUGUCACGAGCGCUCUCUCGGUAUCUCAUCGACCUCUUCUCAAGGCGGCUAACACAGUUCUUGUUUCUCGACUUAAUCAGUUCUUACGUACAGUCUGCAAAGCCGAAUGGCCGGCUGAGAGUUCGACAGUGAAAAAUGGGACGACAUCCACUGCCGUUGAUCAGUUGCCAGGCCCAUGGCCGUUGCCCACUCGACGUUUGCUUUGUAUUGGUGGCCAGAUGACCACAUCAGUCUGA